AUGAUGUUAGGCAUAUUUACUAACAGCAGUAGUGGAGGGAAUUUUUCAAUAAACACCAAUAGUGAUAAUUGGAUGUACUGUAAGGUUUGUGAGUGUAAAAUACCGCCUAGAGCAUGGCAUUGUAAGAUUUGCAACAAGUGUUGUUUGAAAAGGGAUCAUCACUGCUAUUUUUUUGCCAAUUGCAUUGGCUACUACAAUCAAAGGUAUUACAUUAUGUUCUUAUUUCAUACGUUUGUUGCUACGAUGUAUGCUGUGGUCUAUAAUGUGUAUUUUUUAACUCAAUUUCUAACCGGUUCCAUAAUUACCAUCAUGUUAAAAAUAUGUUUCCCUUUCAUUACUCUAGUUUUUAACUUUGAUAGUGAAAGCUUUUGUACUAUUUUAGUUUUGAUACAUAUGGUUGUAGCAUUUUGUAUAGGUGUUAAUACCUUGUACCAAUUGAAACUUUUAUUGAUGGGGAAAACGCAACACGAAAAUAAAUGUAGUAAGAAUAAAAAUAUCUAUGAUAAAGGAUUGCGAUCAAAUUUAGUUGAGUCAUUGGGUACUAGAUGGUAUCUCACUUGGAUUUUACCUUAUAUCAAGAGUCCAUUACCAGGAAAUGGUGUUGAAUGGGAUGUUAGUACAAAUAUAAGUAAUUCGCACCCUCGGUGCAAUGAAGCCACAGCUGCAAAAUAA